GAGGCGGUUUUUCUGCAUUCGUGCGAACGGGAAAGUGAUCCAGAAGAAGCAGGUUUUCGUUGGACGGGUCUGUGGGGGUUGCACGCGGGCAAAGCUAGGAAAGGAAGCGAGCCAGCCAAGCAGAGAGCCGACAGCAAGGCUAACCGCGAUCCCCUCCAGAAGGAUUGGGCUUGGAUCUGAUCCUGGAGCUGGAACCGCUCCUUUCCACCAAAACUCUUUACUGCAGGGAAUUGGUUCUCAAAAACAUGUUACAAACCAAAGUCAAAACAGAAAAACCAGAUCUCGAGACGGCCAAUGCUCGAAACCGUCUUGAUGCUGUCCUACAGUGUCUGCUGGAGAAAACUGAUGUUGACAGGGAUCAAAUGGAAGAGGACCCUGGAAAGACGUCAUCAGAUACGCUCAGCAAGGACCCUUCUCCUAUUGCUACAGGAAAGAGGCCUUCCACCCGAUUCUCCCAUCACCGUCGGAAGAAGAGGAAAGAGAUGGACGACGGACUCACUGAAGGGGGACCACAAAAGCAGAACACCUACAUCAUCAAGCUGUUUGAUCGAAGUGUAGACCUGGCCCAGUUCUCCGAGAGCACCCCACUCUACCCCAUCUGCCGAGCUUGGAUGCGGAAUAGUCCCAUGGUGAGGGAACAGGAGCGAUCUCCCAGCCCAAACCUGCCCACCCUGCUUGAAGAUGAAGAGGUACAGUACAGGAUUCUCCAGUCUGGCUUCUAGUGGGGGGGGGGGAGUCUUUUCAUUGGUCAAACAAAAGCCGAGUUUACUGCUGUCCACAAAUUUUUCUCUGGGGGAUUAAAAUGUAUUGCGUGCCUUUCACUCCAUGACUCACACAAUUGAGGAGGUCAGGCCAGUACAUAUGUGAUCCAAAUGAAGUCUGGAUCUGACCUGGGACCUUUUAUGCACACAAG